AUAUAUAUAUAUAUAAGAUAAAUGGUUAAGUUGACAGAAUUUGCAAUCAUUUUUGAUAACAAUCGAGAAGUAUUUUAUCCUGGAGAAGAAGUGACUGGAAGUGUUGUUAUGGGUUUAAGUCGUCCAAUGGAAAUGAGAGGAAUCAAGUUAAUAGUAGCAGGAAAAGGAUAUUGUCAUUGGUGUGAUACAUCAGGGUCUAAUGAUAAUAGGCAGGAGAGUCAUUAUGAUGGAAAUGAAAAUUUAUUUGAAUAUCAAUUAUGGAUUCAUGGAGGCACCUCAGUUAAGUUUCAAAGUGAAGCCGGACAAAGUUUUCAUAGGUUCAAGUUUAAUCUUCCUGUCAUUUUACCAAGUUCUUUUGAGGGACCCUAUGGUCAUAUUCGAUACCUAGUAUCUGCUGAAAUAGAUAAACCUUGGAAGUUCAAUCACAAAACAAAGAGACCAUUCACAGUUAAUGAAAUUAUAGACACUAAUUUGCCGCAAUACAAUUCAUUGCGUCCUUCAUGCUCAAACCACAAGCAACUUUUUUGUUGUUGUCGUUGUGUUGUUGGACCUUUGGAUAUUGAAGCAAGUAUUGAUCGAAGCGCCUAUUGCCCAGGUGAACUUAUAAUGGUAACCGCUCAGGCUCGGAACAAUACUACUCGUGAAAUGGCUGGAAUGAAAGCUCAUCUCUACAAACAUGUUGAUUACAUUUCUACAACAAAAAAAAAAACUUGUUCUGAAAAAGUUGCGGAAAUGGAAAGUCCUAGUAUUCCGGGAGGUCAAUCUUCCAUAUGGCAAAAUCAACCUUUCAGCAUCCCUGCAACGUCCCCAUCUAUUUUAACGUCACGCGUUAUUAAAGUGUGGUAUGAGUUAACUAUUCAAGUUGAUGAAUCCUGGCGAUCUGAUUCGUUGUUAAAACUCCCCAUUAUUAUCGGUACAGUGCCAUAUCGUUCAUCGCAUGGUCAAGUUGUUUCUGGGUUUCAUUAUAUCAAUAAAAAGUCUGGUUCUGCUGCCAGUUUUACUUUACCUAAUGUUGGUUUUAUGGGUUAUCCCGAAAUAACUCCACCUUCUUAUGCCGCAGCGGCUGGAGCUACGCAAACUAACAUUGGCAAUGGUGGUGAUAAAUAUACAUUCGGCAACAUGAACUAUGUGCCGGUGUAUACGUUCAAUCAAAUGUCAGUGUCGGAAGCAGCUACAGGAACAACGACGAGUCAAAAUCCUCCUUCUGUAAUAACUGAGCAGCCACAUUCGUAUCCCAUAAUAAACUCGCUUCCCUCUCACAGGAGUUCAGCUAAUUUUACUCCAGUUCCAUUAACGUAAUGUUAAAUGAUUAUUUAUUUUUUUAAAGAAGCAUUAACGAAACAUCUUCAAAUUGUCAACCGAGCAAUAAAUUUAAAUGUGUUGCUGUCAUCUUUAUUAAAUAACUAAACGUCAGAAAUUAGUCAAGUGGUUUAUCACAUCUCUAAUAUUUAAUAUCCAAUUUAUUUAAUAAGUUUAUUUAUACUUUUUUCAAUUUGCAAUCUGUUUUUGAAAAAAAGUCAUUGCCAAAACAAAUUUUCUUUACAAUUUUUUAUAUUAAAUUAAAAAAUAAAUUUUUUUAGAAUAGUUUUUAUUUUUUUGUAUUUUUUCAAGUGUUUUAUAUUAAUAAUGUGAAAACGUUUUUCAACGUAUAACGUAACGUUUUUAUUAAAGAAAUUUUUUAACGUAGAAAUGUGUUGAAGUUAUUUAAAGGUGAAACUUUUAAAUACUUUAAUUUGAUUUGUUUGAAGACAAUUCUCCCAUUUGAUUUUUCAUUGGCGAUUUUGUCAGUUUUAACGAAAAAAAGAAAUAAAUUUGUUACCUUA